AUGCGCACAGGUAGCAUGCCGUGUGUCAACGGCGGGACGGGAGGCCAGACAUUCCCCUGGGGCCAGAGGUUGCACCGGCCCGCCUGUGCGACAUUCCACAUCGGGGCAUGCGGAUCGCAGCAGAAGGCCUUGCUUUCCCUUCGCUGCUCCAUCUGCCGCGCCAGUGGAGGCUCUGUGCCGGCGCCUCAUCUCGUCAGUGUAGACAUCCUUGUCCCGAGCUCCCGGCUGUUGUGGCCGACGAACCGUUUCGAGCCAAGGGGCGAUGACCAAGGGAAGGCUGGAGGCAGGCAGGGCAAAAAGAACGAGAACGCCAAGCCUCUUGAUCCUGACCGAUGCCCCCUGCCUGGGGUCACCGCAGCAUCUCAUCAAUAUGCGAGGCCGACGUGGACGGACAGCUGGGCUGCCAGGUCGCCCGAUGCACGUCAGGGUCUUGUUAUACAGGGGCAUCCAUGCAUUGAGUUUAACUACGCCGCACAUGUCAGUCGGUCUCUGUGCGCUCAAUGGAUCAUGGCCAGCCACGGCCACUGCAUUUGA